CCGUGUUCCAGUGAUGGCGCAGUCCUGUGGUCGAUACGACGUAGUGACUUAUGAAUGUCUGUUCUUUCUCAUUACUAGCGAUGGCAAACUGUCGUAUAAGGUGGAUUUAAUUUUGCAUCGAAUGUCGACAGCUUAACUUUUUCAACUUCUGCCUGACCGCAUUAGAACAUUGCCUGGAUGAAGCAGGACGCAAGCGAAACCGAGACUGAGGGAUUCGUGACGAACUGUUGAGGCCUUCGUAAGCCUAGGCCUCAUCAGAGUCGUCCGUUUCUUCGGGUGGUGAUUCCUAUUGAAUUUUCCACGUUCCUGCAAAUUGCAGAACGUAGGCGUCACGCACGCAGACUUGAAAUAACUGAUACAGUGGAGAGAUAAUUUUCUCCAGGAUGAUGAACAGUUUGCUGAAGGACAAAGGUCAACUGCUGUUUGAGGACCAGUGGCCCCUGAUGAGAGGGACAAUCCGAAAACUUCUCCAGCAAGUACCUGUAUCACGAGCAGAGUGGCAAGAUCUUUUCUGGUCCAUUCACUCUGUCUGCCUUUGGGAUGACAAGGGGCCUCCCAAAGUCUACCAAGCUCUGCAGACAGAUAUUUUGGAGUUCAUUGGUCAUGCUCAAAAGGAGGUGAUGAGCCAUGAAGAUGAUGAAGCCCUUCUCAAGGCCUACAUCUCUGAAUGGAGAAAAUUCUUUGCUCAAUGCUCCUAUCUACCAAUGCCUUUCAACUCCCUUGAGAGUGCUCUCAUGGGCAAGUCCUCCACAACCAAUUCUCAAGCAAAAAAGCUUCAUACUGAGGAGAGCAUUGUGCGAAAGUUGAUGCUGGAUAGCUGGAACCACCACAUCUUUGCUAGUAUCAAGCACCGUCUCCAGACUGCAGCCAUGAAGCUUGUCCUAGCUGAGCGUAAUGGAGAGGCAUUUGAUUCUCAACUUGUGAUAGGAGUUCGUGAAUCUUAUGUGAACUUAUGCAGUGAUCCAGAAGAUCGGUUAAAAAUAUACCGUGAGAACUUUGAGCGGGCCUACAUGGAGACUACUGAAGCCUUCUAUCGCAGCAAAGCUCCUGAAUACCUGCAGCAGAAUGGGGUCCAGAACUACAUGCGGUAUGCUGAAAUGAAGCUGAAAGAGGAAGAGCAUAGAGCCAAGAGAUACUUGGAAACUUACUCGGGCUCAGUUCAAGCGUUCUUAUCAGAUGAUCUGAACUAUAUUGAAUUUCACUUCCAGCUUCUAGACUGUUGUGUGAAUGUGCUGGUCACUGCCUUCAAGGAAACCAUUCUGGCUGAGUGUCCUGACAUGAUCAAGGCAGGUGAAACAGAGAGGUUGGGUCAGAUGUUCCACCUGUUGGAUCGUGUCCCCAAUGGGAUUAACCCCAUGCUGGAGUACCUGGAGAAGCAUAUCAUUUCCCAAGGCUUGGCUGACAUGGUUGCAUCAGCAGAGGUCAUCACUCAGGACUGUGAGAAAUAUGUCGAAGCCCUAUUAGCUCUGUUCAGGCGGUUCAGUGACCUUGUUCAUCGUGCAUUCUCUGAUGAUCCUCGCUUCCUCACCUCCCGUGACAAGGCCUUCAAGUUUGUCGUCAAUGAUACCACUGUCUUUGGCCUUGAACUCUCCACUCGACUGAAAGGUCAAGGUGGGAAGCCAUUGCCUGAGAGCAAGUGCCCAGAACUCCUGGCCAACUACUGUGAUAUGCUGCUGAGGAAGACUCCUCUGAGCCGAAAACUCACCCCUGAUGAAAUUGAGUCUCGUCUCCGUGAUGUUUUGCUAGUCCUGAAGUACGUCCAAAACAAAGACGUGUUCAUGCGCUACCAUAAGGCCCAUCUCACAAGGCGCCUCAUCCUUGACACCUCAUCUGACUAUGAAAAGGAGGAGAACAUGGUCGAAUGGUGA